AGGGAGGAGUGUGUGUGUGUGUGUGCGUGCGUGCGUGCGUGCGCGCGCGCGCGCGAGCGCGUGUGUUUUUAUGAAUGAAGUGAGUCACUGCCGAUGUGUCAUAGGCCCGACGUCUUUAUAAAGGAAGUUUUAAACAAGCCUAAACACUUCACUGCGCGCAAAAAUUGGAACUUAGCGCUUCUGGCAUCAGAGUGUGAAGCUCCAGACUUCUCCUCAACUUCCACACCAACUGUUUAUCCUCUCAGACUGAAGAAGAAGAAGAAGAGGAGACACCGGAGUUUAUUUAUUUAUUCAUAUAUUCUUUAUAUUUAUUAUUAUUUAUUCCCAUCCGCUUUUUUUAUUUGUUUUUCUGUGUUUUUUAUCCUUUUUUUGUGAUUUUUGCUCCGCUGCUCCCCUGCUCUGUUGGAUCCAAUAUGAAAUUGCUGCUCGACUCCUCCUCCUCGCUGCUCCUCUCGCUGCUAUUGGCUCAGCUGCCCGUGUUCACGUCCGCGUCCCCGGUGCCGCCGCGCAGGCCCAGUGACAUGGACAAACUGUCCAAUCAGACCAAGAACCUAAUGAAGCUGACGCAGGAACUGCUGAGGGAGCAUGCCUUCGACUCGGACGUGGAGCCCCACAGGUUCAGGUCCCUGCCAGAAAUGAGCAACAGAUCGGCCAACGACCUCCAAAAUCUUGAGCUGAAGCCCACGCUGUCUCAGCUGCACGCCGACCUCAAGCUCUACGAGCACCACUUCGAGUGGCUCAACAAGGUCUCCAAGAAGCACCACCACCCCGCGGUGCCCAAACUGGUGGAGAUGAUCCGAGAGAUGAAGUCUCUCAUCACUCUGCUGCACCGUCAGAUGCUGAGGGUGGAGGCCCCCCGGCUGACCCCGGCCACCCCGUCCCUGCCUCCCCACCUCCCCUACCAGUUCGACGUCCUGCAGUCGAGCCACGAGCUGCUGCAGCACUUCAAGCUGUUUUGCGACUGGGCCUACAGAGCCUUCGUGAGCCUGAAGCCCAAAGCCACCGCCGUGCAAUGAUGGUCCAGAGGCGAGCGGCUGCAGAAGCGGUGAGCAGAAACCGGACCACGUAGGCGAGCACUGAGGCCAGCAGCGUCCUCCAGAGGAAAUCCACCAGAGCCGACGAGGACGCCGAAAAACGCAGCCAGCUUUCAUCCAUCACCACCACAAACUCCCCCCUAAAGGCCUUCUUCAUGUUAUUUAUGUAUUUAUUUAUUUAUUGACUCUUAGUAAUUUAUUGAAUUUUAUUUAUUUGAAGUCGUAACGUGUCACUCUCCUCCUUAUUUCUGUGCUAACGUGAAUUUAAUGCCCUCGUCUUUCUUUUUUCUUCUUCUUUCUGUGUCUCACUGAAAGGUAAAACUCGGUAGCACUUCAUGAACCUGCAGCUCUGAUACUUUAAACUGAUUUUACUUCAGCUGAUAAUUCCUCCCGUACAGGGGGUCCUCAACUUACGUCGGAGUUACGGUCCUACGGAUUCAGAUUUUCAUUGAAAGUCAGAACUCCGGCAAAAAUGUAAACAAAGCCGUUAUGUGCCUGACGCUAUGGAUCAGUUCUUCGGAAAAGUCAUGUUCCGAGCAUUUUAUUAUAUAUAAUUUCACUUCCAUGGAGACGUCUUUCCUUUUCUUCAAAGCAUCAGAAGAGUCUGACAUGCUGGGAGCCAUAAUGAAGGGCAAAAAGUUAGUGAAUGUAGCACAAUCCAAGGUGGCGUACAGCUGGAGAAUGGAAACAAAGCUGUCUGAUAGCACCACGUGACGACGUAUUCAUCCUCACCAGACGCCAACUAGUUCCACGUAACCAGUUCCGACGUAUUGAUGAAACGCUAUAGGUCGAGGACAUCAUAAACCAAGAACCCGCACAUAACCAGUUCUGACAUAACGAUAAAACACUGUAGGACGUUGUAAACCAAGGACCCCCUGUAGAUGUAGCAAACAUUAGAAGCAACCAAGGUUUCGCUCUCGGUGCCCUAAAACAUUUAAAAACGGAUGAGUCGAUGGUUUAUAGCUUUCCGUCUAACGUUGUGGCAAAGUCAUGUUCUGAGGGUUUUAUUCUGUCUAAUUUCACUUCCAUGGAGACGGCUUUCCUUUUCUUCAGAGCACUGCCAACAGAAGAGUCUUACGCUUGGGAGCCAUAAUGAAGGGCAAAAAGGUAGUGAAUGUAGCACAAUCCAAGGUGGCGAACAACCGGCGAAUGUAAACAAAGCCGUCUUAUAGCGCCGCGUGACGACGUAUUCAUCUGCUCCGAUCGCCAACUAGUUCUACAUAACCGGUUCCAACGUAACGAAACACCGUACGUCAUAAACCAAGGAACUACCCGUAACAAGUUCCAACGUCACGACGAAAUGCCGUAGUCGAGGACGUCGUAAAUCGAGGACCCAUCCGUAACCAGUUCCGAUGUAGCGAUGAAACACUGCAGGUCGAGAACGUUGUAAACCGAGGACCCCCCGUAGAUGUAGCAAACAUUAGAAGCAGCCAUGGUUUCGCUCUCGGUGCCCUAAAACAUUUAAAAACGGAUGAGUCGAUGGUUUAUACCUUUCCGUCUAACGUUGUGGUAAAGUUUAUGAAUGUGUUUCUGAGCACUGAUGGUCCUGAUUAGAUUCUUUGCACAAACCUGUUGGGAUUUUAGCCUCUUGGAUGAGUGAGACGGCUGAUUUUUGAACUUUGGGGUAGAAAAGUUUUCGAGUUUAAACACCCAAAGCCUUAAAAUACUAUGUAUUGUGACACUAUGUUCUGUACAGCUGUACAUAAAUGUACAAGAAUGUAAAUGGUUGUAUACAGUGCUUUUGUGUAUUAUGUUGUUUUCUACAAUAUAAUAAUAGAUUUCUUUA